AUGGAAAUUGCCCAAUGGCGCGACUCGUGCGGAGAUCGACCACAUACUCACCAACCGAUGGAUAGAUGGAAUCACCUCCCUCUCCGUAGUCUCCCAUCCUGUAUACGAAUACGCCACCUGAAAUCUGCACCACCUCAGAUUCGUGUAGUUAUGCCUUUAAGAGGAAUGCCCCGUCUUCGCGACCCAGCGAAAUAUGCAUCGAAAGCAAAACAUAUAUGGGUCGGUCACAUCAUGAGAAGAAUCGACGAUAGAUGGGCUAAAAGAACGCUAAAGUGGAUCCCAAAGGACGCUAAACGCCCCGAGGGAGAUCGCCAACGAGAUGGGGUGACGUGUUCGCUACACGGAUGGACCGGCUGA